UAAAACCUCUUCCUUCCGGCCUCAUCCUCCGAAAGCCAAGAACCCUAACUUCUCUGCAAGUCUGCUUAAAACCUCAUAUGAUGAAUUGAAAUGGUGAAUGUUUUUAACUUCCAUGGCGAUUUCCAGUGUGGGUUUCGCUUGCAGAUCCUAUUUGCCUGUUCGUAAUCGUACCCUCCAGCAUCACUGCUUAAGAAAGAUUGGCUUCAACACUAUUACUACUGCUGCUGCUGCUGCAAAUGAUACAGUGGACGAGCCAGAUGGUUUCGCCAAGGUCGGUGAUCGUCAAGACAAAGUUGCUGAUGGAACAAUCAGUCUGAAUGUUCGUUUUGUCUGCUCAACUCAACUAUUUCCAUUGAUUUUGGGAAAAUGAAGGGGAUUGUGAGUGGAAGCAGGUGAACUCGAAAGACCUUGGUAUAACCAGUUCAAUGAUUGAUAAGCCUACAAGACAAGUGCUUAACGGCCUUAGGAGAAAAGGGCAUGAUGUUUACCUUGUGGGAGGCUGUGUAAGAGAUCUUAUUCUGAAGCGGACACCAAGAGACUUCGAUAUACUCACUUCUGCUGAACUUAGAGAGGUGGUUCGGACUUUUUCAAGAUGUGAAAUUGUUGGAAGAAGGUUUCCUAUAUGUCACGUACACGUUGGUGAUGAUAUAGUUGAGGUUUCUAGUUUUAGUACCUCCGCACAGAAUUCUUCGAGAAACAUGAGAAGAAGUGAGCUCAGAGAAUCAAGUGUCUCAGAUGGUGACGAGGAUUGUAUCCGUUUAAACAACUGUCUGCAGCGUGAUUUCACUAUUAAUGGGUUGAUGUUUGAUCCAUAUGCCAAACUCGUGUAUGACUAUCUGGGAGGCAUCGAAGAUAUAAGAAAAGCUAAAGUUCGAACAGUGAUUCACGCCGGCACAUCAUUUCAACAGGACUGUGCUCGGAUUCUUCGUGCAAUAAGAGUUGCUGCACGUUUAGGUUUCAGAAUCUCCAAGGAAACAGCUCAUUUUAUAAAGCAUCUUUCUUUCCUAGUACAAAGAAUUGACAGGGGAAGGAUAUUGAUGGAAAUGAAUUACAUGUUAGCUUACGGAUCAGCAGAAGCUUCUUUGAGAUUGCUGUGGAAAUUUGGGAUAUUAGAAAUCAUUCUACCGAUUCAGGCAGCAUAUCUUGCGGGGACUGGUUUCAAGAGACGUGACAAAAGGACUAACAUGCUUCUGUCUCUCUUUGCUAAUUUGGAUAAGUUGUUAGCGCCUGAUAGACCUUGUCACAGCUGCUUAUGGAUAGCAAUCUUGGCGUUUCACAAAGCACUCUCUGAUCAACCUCGAAGUCCUUUAGUGGUAGCUGCGUUUAGCCUCGCUGUUCACAACGGGGGAGAUAUUCAAGAAGCUGCGGAAAUCACAAAGAAAAUCACUAGGCCACACGAUAGCAGCUUCUUCGAGCUAGUAGCACAAGAGCCCGAGGAGGAGAACAUGGAGUUUCAAACACUAUUAGACGAGGUCAUGGAUCUUGACGCAUCAGUCAAAGACGCUUUAAACCAGAUGACUGAUGGGUACUAUAUUUCUAAAGCUAUGGCAGCUUACCCUCAAGCACCGUUUUCAGAUAUGGUGUUUAUUCCGUUGCAAUUGUACCUUAGAGCAGGGAGAAUCUUUGAGUGUGUGAGAGAAGAGAGGCGAAUGGGAUUCGAGGCAAAGCAAGGAAGCAAGAUUGAGUAUGGUGCGUUAUAUUCAGGGGAUGUUACGGAGAUCCGGCAUGUGUUUGCUAGGGUUGUGUUUGAUACUGUGUUUCCGUUGAACCUGUAAACUUUUUGUUUCACUUGGAAUCUUCUUCUUUUUGACGCGCGCGUAGAGUUCGUUAGUUUCGUUGGAGUUUAAUUUGUUAAAUGACAUAUCUACCCCUAUAAACUUUUUUUGUCGACUAGCCCUAUGAAUUGAAAGUAAUUUUUUUGUAGUGAAGAGUGGAUGGAAAAGAAUAAGAAAAAGAAGAUUGAUAAAUUUAAUGUUAAUUGUUGUUU